AUGAGAUGGCAAGCUAGAUUGCAACGACCCACUGCAUGUAUCUUUUUGGACUUAGCAGAAGCCUUCUAUCGUUUGAUUCGCCCACUGGCUCUGGGGGGUGAUCUUUCUGAUGAUGACAUUGCAGUCAUUGCAGCCCGGAUUGGUCUUGGACAUAAUGCUCUGCACCAAUUUCAUGCACAACUCAAGGAGCCUUCAGCUUUGCAGCAGGCUGGAGCGGCACCGGUUGUACAGAAGUUCCUUCAAGCCUUACACAGCGACACAUGGUUCCAAAUCGGAACCCAAGAUGAUGUCGUGCGAACAGCAAUCGGCUCUAGGCCAGGCGACUCGUAUGCUGACGUAGUGUUCGGCCUCUUAUGGGCCCAAUUGCUCCGGCGUUACGAAGACCAGCUUGUCGCCCAUGAUGUACUGGAAGUGAUUCCUGUUCACGAUUUGCCCAGCUUUGGUGACCAAGUUGAUGGGCCCCAGGUGAAGGUACCUUUUCUCGGGCCAACGUGGAUGGAUGACCUGAAUGUCUGCAUUGCUGCAGAUUCCAACCUUGGCCUAGAACGAAAAGCAGGGCUGGCCAUGAGCUUGUUGCUUGACCAAUGCCGAGAAAUGCACAUGGAACCCAAUUUACGCAAAGGGAAAACAGAGAUCAUGUUCACAUUCAGGGGCAGCAGAUCCAGAGAGUUCAGAAGGAAAUAUUUUUCCAGUGCACAAGGCCUGACUGUCGUUGGUGAACAUGACACGGUGCAAGUUUCCGUUGUGAGCAGAUAUUUGCAUUUGGGGGGUAUUCUUCAUCACCGUGACAUUGACCGUGUUGAAGUGUCUCGCAGAUUAGCUAUUGCCCACCAAGCUUUCACUGCACACCGAAGGAUCCUUUAUCACAACUGCAAGAUCCAAUGGAAAAAGCGCCGUGAAAUCUUUGUGACCUUGAUUCUCAGCAAAUUAGUAUACGGCUUGGAAUCAUGGACGCUGAAGUCCCAAAAAGUGAAGGUGCAAUUCCAUAGUGGUGUGAUGAGCUUGUACAGAAGGUUGUUGAAAUUGCCUCAUGACAUGCACAUCACGGAUCUUCACCUUCUGACACGUGCAGGAUUGCCAUCACCUGGCGAAUUGCUCCGGAGCAGUCGGUUGAGGUAUUUUGGCACAUUGCACCGAUGCGGACGUGCGGCCAAUUGGGGAGUCAUUGCAGAAGACCAUGACUGGAUUGCACUCAUUCAAGAUGAUAUGCAAUGGCUCUGGUCCCAGGUUUCAAACACUACAGAUUUGAAGGACCCUGUGGACCAUUAUCCAGUCUGGAAAGACCUGCUCACAUUCCACAGUUCAUACUGGAAGAAAUUGGUCCGAAGAGGCAUCGCCCAUGCCAUCGCGCAGAGAAACAAUUAUGUGAUUGCGCUUGACUUCCACUGUAGCAUUGGUAGCAUUUUGCAUGUUCAUGAUUGGGUCGCUGAGUUGCCUGCUGAUGACACUCGAACAGUUCCCAGUGAGGCAUAUGGAUGCAUGUGCUGCCAACAAAGAUUUCUCACCCAUGCUGGCGAAAGUGUCCACAUGUUCAAAAAACAUGGGCGUGUAGCGCCAGCAAGAUCCCUAUUUGAUGAAACGCACUGUCCAGCAUGCCUCCGUGAAUAUCACACAAGGGCGAAGGUAUUGGCACAUCUUCGUCACGCUGACCGUUGUCGUCGCGCACUAAUCGGUCAGCGCAUGCAAUGUGCCAUUGUACCUGGCACUGGGUCAUCGAUUGACCGUGAACUGGAGAAUAGCAUGGAUGGUGCAUUGCCUUUUCAACAAGCCUUUGGUCCCCAGCGUCCAAAUGUGCGCCAGGCAGACUUCGACCAACACAACAUCCGUUUACUGGAAGAUCUGUAUCUUGCUCUUCUAGAAGUCACAUCCACCGAUGACCUGGAGCAGGUCAUAAGGACAGAGAUCGGCAGACACCCUGUGGGCUGGACAGUUUGUCGUUUGACUUUGCUGCACUUUCUUGCUAUUUUCACAGAGCAAGAUGCAGAGGUCUUAGCAUUUUCCUUUGACGCAGUUCGCCGUUGCAUUGAGAUCCUCGCACGUGAUGGUGCGUGGCCUUUUUUGCAGAUGCAAUGUGUCAGAGAGGGCAGUAGUGUGACCCAAGAUAUCAGUGUAUGGGAAGCAUGGUUUGCAGAAUUUGCAUGCGAGCCCCCUGCAUCAUGGAAGCUCCUACAGCCAUUGCCAAGAUCGUUGAGCAAGCAGAAGAUUAUCCUUCAUGCUUAUGCCGGGAGGAGACGACGCGGUGACAUUGAAUGGUAUGUUGAUGCAAUGGCCGCUCGUUAUCCUAGCCAUGUCAUUCAUGUGGCCUCGGUUGACAUCGUGAUUGAUGCCACAUUUGGCGACAUUUCCAGAGAACAGACAAGAUCUUAUUGGAUUGGUCAUAUUUUGCAAGGACACGUCAUAGGAUUUCUGGCGGGCCCGCCGUGCAAUACUUGGAGCCGAGCACGACACCAUGUUAUUGCUGGCGUCAGAGGACCAAGAGUUGUCAGAACCCCUCAGGAGCCGUGGGGAAAGGAAUCCUUGAGCUUGACCGAGCUACAACAUGUGAGCAUCGGGAACCUAUUGCUUGGAUUUGCGCUUGCUUGCCUCACCGCCUUAGCCAUGAGAUCCGGCACGGGACUUGUUGAGCACCCCAAAGACCCCGAGAAAGAUGAGAUGGUGAGUAUUUGGCGGCUGCCGGUUUUGCGUGCGAUUUUGCAGCUCCCAAAUGUUCGCCUUGUCCAUUUGGCCCAGGGGUUAUUCGGCGCGCCUUCAGCAAAGCCGACGACGCUGAUGGUGCUCGGAAUGUCCACACUGGAAAAGUUCUUGCACGAGAACAGAGUGACACGAGAGAUCCCGAACGGUGCCUCUGUGGGAAAGGAUCAGUAUGGCCAAUUCAAGACAUCUCCGCUGAAGGAAUAUCCUCCAGCUCUAUGCAAGGCAAUAGCCGAAGCACUGUGCAUGGACAUUGUCAGCACGAAGUGCGACGACACAGAAGUCACCAAGAAUUGGCCGGCUCUGCUUGAACUGGUGCAAGCUCCUGAGGUCUCCGCCUCGCGGGAUGCGACAGCGGCCGCGUGUUUCACGGGGCAGGCGAACGCCAAUUCUGCGUGCUGGCGUUCGCAGGUUCAGGAUAUGGAGGUUGACAAAGGCUGUGUCCAUUUUCCGAACAUCGAAAUGUUACAGGCAGCCGAGUUGCUCUCCUCUCCCCCAGCCUUGCGUGCGGAACUGGCAGACGCUUUGGGUGAGAGCUGCGCUGAAGGUGAAGAACUGCGACAAAGGUUGGAACAGGCCGUGAUCUGCUUGCGAAUCUACCUGCACCAGGUGAGUGUGGACGACCUACGUGACGAGAUAGCCGACCUGAAGUUGGAAGUGCGGAGGUUGCGCAAGCUUGUGAUCAGAGAUCGUGGCAGUGUCCCUGAAGAAGCAGACAGUCGGAGCGAGACUUCGUCUUUGAGGUCAUCCCGCGUUUCUGAGGGCAGCUUUUCUCUGGUGGCUCCUGCAUCUCGAGCUUUCAACGAGAACGCUUCCCGCUCUCGCUCUGGCAGUGGAGAAGAGGCUGGCAGCGCUGUGGUUGAGGGCACUGACCCUGAGCGAGCUUCGUCCAGCAGGGUUAGUCAGUCCUGGCUUGAGCGAGAGGAGGUCUGUGACGAGAUUGCGGAGUUCAUCAAGCGCUGCCUGAGUGGAGAUCACCGUGGAACUUCUGGACGAGAUCGGAUUCACUUGCCUAGCAAGAUCUGGUUGGUCUUCAAGGACUACGAGGGAUUGGAGUAUCGGCCAGUGAGAGUGUGCCGUACCUGGGCUGCUUGCAAGGAGCUUGUGAAAAAGGCUGGAUCUGCGGGUGACUCGGUUUUUGUUGGGCUCCCCAGUGAGCGUGAAGCUUGUCGAGAAGCAGAGCCUGAAGAGCCGGGCGAAGCCUCGGCAAGUCGACCUUUUGUGGCACUGCCUGACGGCAGCGCUGAGUUCCAAUACGAUUUAUGGAUGCUCAAAGUGGCCUCCGGAGCAACAAUUCAGUGCAUUUUAGUGAGCCGAGUGGCCGACGGCCACUAUCUGGCUGCUUUCCCUCAUCAGGUUUGGCACCGUACGGUUUCGAAACGAACCUUGCCUCCGGUCCUGAGCAAGCCCACGUUGAUAGAGGUGCUUUGCUCUUCUGUGGAGGACAUGACCAAGGAGAUGGCCUUUUACAUGAAGGUUUGGGUUGGCUACAUCACUGCGGAGACCUUCGGCGAGAUGGUAGUGCUUCGAGACGACAGCGAGGCGGUGAACUACCCCUUCCUCUACGAGGAGAGCGACGGCUACCUCCCGUAUGCCCCGGCCUUGGUGGAAGCACUGGAAGAGCGCUUUUCUUUUCUGAGUGCGGAGAGUGGCAAAGGAGGAGAAGAUGGUUCAGCCGUCCAUGGAGGGCCCGCUGUUGGUCUGGGCCCGCGGGUGUCGCGGUUGGAGGAGCUGCUGGGGAAGAUGUCGGUCAGCCUGGAGACUGUGUUGGAGAAGGUGAGUUCUGGUUCGUCCCGACCUUCAACUCCCAAGGUGCAUUUUGCCGCAAAGCCCAAAGUGAUUCCUGGACCUCAUCGCCACGAAGAUGCUGCGAAGUUUCCUUCUUUAGACCCCAGUGUGGUUGCCUCUGCGCUAUCUGCAGGAGUUCCAGAGGAGAACUUGCGAGAAAUGGAGCGUCUGAUGGGUGCUUCCUCGAAGGGAAAGAAACUUCGAGAGCCUGCUCUGAGGAAGCCUGCGAGAAAGGUUUCCGACACUGUCCUCUCAGAAAGCGAGGACGAGAUCGAAGAGGGCGAGUCUGGCUCUCCUACCUCUGGAGCUCAAGAUCCGGGGACUAUGGAGGGUGCCCUGAACAAGUUGACGGAGCCGGUGACGCUUCUCAGUGCAGACAAGAUCAAGAGAGCAAAGUCCUCGAAAGUGGACAUCGCCCUGGAGAAUCUGGGAGGAAACACUGGUGCAGACAGCUCUACAGGGUCUACUGGCAAACGAGCUGCAGCAGCUCGACGAGCUCUCAGGCUGGCUUUGCAGGAAGCUCCGGAAGACAUCAGCAACGUCAUCGAGAAGUUGAUGCUGGAGGACCUUACUUUGCAGACGGUGAUGCCCGGCAUGCCGAAGAAGGACUUCAACGCCCGUGCCUGGGUGGAGCAUCGGAGCCGCAUAGGCGCUUACAAGAGCUCUGCCUAUCUUGCAUGGUCGGCGGCUGGGAUCCUGGACGACCUGGUGAAUGGCCGGGUGGCUCAUGCGAGAGCUCGCAGCUGUCUGAUGCUCUUGAUGAUCGACCAGGUGGCUAUCGACAGAGGCAACUGGGCUUUGGGUUCGGAGCUCAUGCUGGAGCAGGGGCCUCCUUUGUCUGUUUUGGCGUCCCAUACGUUGCCGUCCAUUUCAGACGGGGAAAGCCCGUUCAGCAAAAUACUGGACCCAAGGUGGGCCGAGGUGAUGUUGUCCCAUCUGAAGGAUGCAGAGGACUACGUGCAGAAACGCAGAGCCCUGGGGAAGAAGACCGCAGAAGAGACCGAGAAGGCUGCUGACGUGUGCCCCUCCGGUAGCUCCGGUGGCUUGGGCACGAAGUUUGCCCACGUCCCGGGCAGCCGUGCGCCCACGGUCAAGGUUCCUGCCUUCGUUAAUUCAUGGCUACGGGUCGUGACGAAGUAUGCGGCCAAGUUGGCUACUUUUGUGCAAAGUUUUCUCAGCAAUUUGCCGCGGCCUCAUGAUGAGGAUCACUCGUUGAGGGGACUCUGGCCUAUGCCCGUUCCUUAUCCAGAAGUUUUUGGAGGAGACUCUGCUUUUGGUGGCUCUUGGAAGAAGAGGCGGCUGGUUCUGCAGGUGUUAGUUCUCAAUUGGCUUCACCUUGGAAGACCUCAUAGCUGCCCAGGUUUGCUAUGGCCAGGCCGAAGACUUUCUGCCCGGCAGUGGCGUCGAGUACGCCUCUUGGAACACCUCAGCGAAGAUCAGAAUUCACUUUUGCAGGUGGAUGCACAAUUGAUGGCAAGAGCGGCACUGCGGACUGAAUCCUCGGCUGACCAGCUGGAUGCUCUCCACCGUGCUCUCGUUUGCUGUUCCACCUCUUUUGCUCCUUAUGGGGCUGACUCUUGCUCUCCGACCAGAGCUUGGCGUGAAAAUGAAGGUGAUGAUUGGGAGGAGAUUUCAGGGGGCUUCGGAGUAUUUCAUGGUGAAUCCAAAGGUGGUGAUUCUGCUGUAGCUAAGCCUCUGCAAGCUGAUCGGCUUCACUUUGUUGGCUCCCCAAGUUUCAACCCUGUCCCCUACUUCGACAAGGAAACGGCUCAUGCUUAUGAAUUUCCUUUAGAAUGUGUUCGUGACGAUGUCGUUGAUGAACCCCCUCAAGUUAGCAUACAUGGUUCUGCUCAUGAACGGAAUCUGUUGUUUCAGAAGAUGGCUGCUUGUGGUCGUUUAGUGCCUUUGACCCUUGAUGAUGUACGUCCUGGGCUCGAGUGUGGCCUUUUUUGUGUUCCCAAGGAUCUUGACAGAGACCGUCUAAUCUUAGAUGCAAGACCCCCAAACACGGUUGAAAAGAUGUUGAACACUUGGACAAAGACCAUGAGCAGCAGCACCUGCCUUUCCGGCAUCGAGCUUGAUGAGUCACAAUGCCUUAUCAUGAGUGGGAGGGACAUUCGUGACUACUUUUACCAGUUUUCUGUUUCCCCGCAGCGAUGUCGCCGCAACUACUUGGCCGGUAGGCUCGAGCCUGAGGACCUGGAGUUCAUCUUCGGGAAGAAGUUCUUUGAAGCUGGUUAUGUUGGCUUGUCAACGCUGGCUAUGGGCGAUUUGAACGCCUGCGAAUUUGCACAGGGGUCCCACCUCAAGCUGGUCGUGUCCUGUGGUGGAGCUUCAAUGGAUGAGAUCCUGAUGAUGCACCAACCAUGCCCCAGAGGUUUGCUCAGCGUUGGUGUUGUGAUUGAUGACCUUGUUUGUUUGCAGAAGGUCCUUGCCUCUGACGUCAAUACUGGUGUUUAUGAGGGCACUUCUCUUCUGGACGAGCGCAUGGAGAGGAUCAUGGCUAAGUACGAGGAGGUUGGACUGCCCACUAACGAGAAGAAGGCCUUCGACAACAGCUUGUGCAGUUCUUUCUGGGGAGUCCAAGUUGAUGGAAAAAAGGGGCUUGUACGAGCCAACGAGACCAGACUUUGGCCCCUGCUGCUCAUCACGGUGCGUGUUUGCGCUUUAGGUCUCUCCACAGUAGGCCUUCUUCGUUCUUUGGCUGGAUCCUACAUUUCCAUACUGUCUUUGAGGCGUAGGCUCCUGUCCACCAUGAACCUGGUCUUUGACGCCAUUGCCGCGUCCAGCUCAGACAGGCAAGUGCUUAGGCUCUCGGGAGCUUUGAUUGACGAGCUCUUCACCAUGAUGAUUUUGAGCACGUUGGCGGUUGUCAACCUGAGGGCCUCUACAGUUGGGGAGCUCCAUGCGACUGACGCCUCAGAUUGGGGCAUGGCCGCUGUGUUGGGUGCGAUCCCGGUGCAAGUUGCUAGGGAGGCAAUGAGGUUGAGUCUCAGCAAGAGCUGCUGGACAAAACUGCUUCCCCCGAGCAAAGCAUGGUUGCGAAGCAAAGAGCUUUUGGAAAAGGAGGAUGAACUGCCCGGUGGUGACGUUUAUGAUGUCCACCCCUUUUGGGAAUCUUUGGCUCGAGCAGUGCCUUAUGAGGAACAGUGGCGGCGAAAACACCCAAAGCCUGUGCAUGUGAACAUUGGCGAGCUCCGAGCGCAUCUGAUUGAGGAAGGGCGCAUUGGAGCAAAGCAGGUCAGUGUUCGGGUGCCCUAUGCCCUCGAUUCUCAGGUGGCUUUAGGAAGUUUGGUCAAAGGUAGAGCCUCGUCGAAAGCUUUGAACUCAGAGCUGCUCAGGAGUGUGCCGACUAUGCUUGGCUCUGACCUUUACGGCGGGUAUGGUUUUUGGCCUUCGGAGCUGAACCGAGCUGACGGGCCCACCAGAGACGCAAAGCCUGACGCUCCAGAUUCGGGUCUGCCUUGGUGGUGGGAUGGUGUUUGCAACAACCGCUUUGAUCGGCUUGACCUUUGGCUGAAGGACUUAGAAGUGAUGGUGGCUCCCACGAGUCACUUUGAUCGAGCCUGUUUGGGAGACCCUGUUGACAUGAGGACUGGCCACGCUUUCCGAGCCAGCACUCGGCAGAGAGGAAAGGCCGCUUGUGAGAAUGGUGGGGCAGUGAUGCACUCGAGCGAUGGAAGUUGUUUGGGUGCAGAGGCUUUGGCCAUCCUCCAUAGCUUUCCUCUACAGCAGUUCGUCUUCGCCGCUGGCGUCAGCAAUUUUCUGGAGCCAGGAGCGAGAGUGAGAAUGUCCUGCUGCCGUGCUGUGAAGUUGGUAGGGUCUGCUAUGGUUUGCAAGUCCUUCUCCCGUGCUGUCACCCCUGCGGUCCGCACUUUGCAAUAUCCGCGGGGCGUGCCUUGGAUGACCUUGAACAUGAAGGAGAAGGUUAAAGAGGGAAAUGAGAUGGCUGACUUUGGUGCCGAGGUUCAUGAGCUAUGUGAGAAGAGCGUUGACGAUGCUGAGAGUCCUGAUGUUUUCUUUUGGACUGAGAACCCUGAUUCUUCCCAUGUGUGGGGACAAAAGAAGUACAGGAAAUAUAGAAAGCCCGAUUCUCAGCAUGUGUUCAGGGCUGAUUGCUGCCGCUUCGGCACCAAGUGGAGAAAAAGAACAAGAGUGGCGACAAACCUUCCAAAGUUGAAAGGCUUGCGCAUGUUGUGCACGUGCUCUAGAGGACAUCAACAGCUGCGCGGUCAACACCCCACUUUGAGGAUCCCAUGGACUUUGGUUGCGCAGCCGUAUCCACGUGGUUUCAGCCGGAUCAUAGCUUCGGCUGCCUUGGAUGCUUGUGGGUGGAGCAAACUGGGCAGUGGAAAGUUCAACGUUGCUGGUUGCGCCAAGUGCUCUUCAAUGCGGAUCGGAGAAGCCGACCACCCCGGACCUCGCAGAAUAGCUCAUCCUCGAGGUUUCUCCCUCGAAGAGGCUCCUGUGCAAACUUGGAGCAGCAUUCGACUUGGUGACCAGCAGUGGGAGAGGUUCUUGGUUUGGUGCUAUAAGUUUGUGGAGUCCGACGUUUUGGCUCUCUUCCUGGCGGUCCCGAUCUUCCUUGCCUAUGCUGUUCGGCGUUUUGGAGAUCUGGAGUUCGAGCGUGGUGGUUCCUUGCUCUACUACCGGCAUUUGAUCCUGGUUUCGUUGCGGAGAGUACCGCAGCUGAAGCCCUACGCAGGGAUAUGCUGGGAUCUUGCUACCAGAUGGGAGAAAGCCGAGCCCACCACCCACCGUACUCCGGUGCCUGAGGUUUUGGUUGAAGCUAUGAUCGCAAUUGCAUGGAGCAUGAACUGGAAACGAUGGUGCGGUGUUUGUCUGCUAUGCUUCUUCGGCAUUGCCCGUGCCGGCGAAGUCUUGAAAUGCCGCAGGGAGGACCUCUUGUUGCCCUGCGACAUGCUGUAUGAGUGCGAUGCUGCCUUUUUAGUCUUGAGGAGGUCAAAGACGAGUUAUAGGCAAUUGGCUCGAGUGCAGCACUUGAAGAUCACCAACUUGCACGCUGUAAAGCUUCUGAAUUUGAUCUACCUGGGUGCAGACAAAGAUGAACUGCUUUUCUUUGGUAGUGCUCAUGUUUUUCGCAGACGAUGGGACUUUAUCCUGCAGCUGCUGGAGGUGCCUACAAACGUUCAUGUCACCCCUGGCGGACUACGUGGCGGAGGUGCUGUAACAAGCUACCGGAAAGGAGCUUCGAUCAGCGACUUGCUGUGGGCUAUGCGCUUAAAGCAGGUGACAACUUUAGAGGCCUACUUGCAGGAGGUCGCAGCGCUUAGCCUGCUGACCGAGCUCCCUUUGUCCUCUAGGAAUCUUGGUGCUGCCACCAGCUCUCGUUUGACUUGCCUUGGAGCACUACGCUUGGACAUCCUUUUCGUGGCUGUGGAGCUCUACUUGCUGGACCUCCCCUACGCUGGCUACGUGAUGCCCAUGCUCUACGGCAAGUUUUUUAGCUGCUACUUGCGCCACCACCACCAAGCCAUCCUGGCGCUGAGAAAAAGCGCCAGCUUGCAUUCAUUGGCAGCGAAUCUUGGUGCUGCCACCAGCUCUCGUUUGACUUGCCUUGGAGCACUACGCUUGGACAUCCUUUUCGUGGCUGUGGAGCUCUACUUGCUGGACCUCCCCUACGCUGGCUACGUGAUGCCCAUGCUCUACGGCAAGUUUUUUAGCUGCUACUUGUCUGUGCGGCGAAAGCGCUUGCGUGCCUUGCCCUUGGGCCAUGUGGAGCCGCAGGGGUGGCUGAAGGAGGUGCUGCGACGAAGCGCUGAAGGUCUAGCUGGCCACCUCUUUGAGUUCUAUCCACCAGUGGUGGACUCCAACUUCCUUGGUGGCCAGUCCUCCUACUCCAGCCUCUUUGAGGACUUCCCCUACGCCUUGAACGCCUUGGUGCCCCUCGCCUCCAGCAGCUCUAGCGCACGCCUUGCGCAGCGCUGUCACGAGGCGGUGCAACGGCUGCUGCAAACGGCACCGGGAGGCUGGCUGGGCCCCGAUGAGUGGCCAGAUGACGCCCCAGCCGGACAGGAGGAG